AUGGUCUGUGGUGAUUCUGGUGGUUUGGCUGGGUCUGUGGUGGUUAUAGUUCUAGGUGAAGAAGAAGAAGCUGGUUAUUGUCGGACUCGCAGGGGGGAAAAAUACUUGAGAUGCGCAUUUUGUGAUCAAAGAUGCAGUGGAGGAAUUUCUAGACUUAAGCAUCAUUUGGGUCAAACUCAUCAUGGAGGAGGGGCUCAGAGUAUGGAAACUUCAUUGGAUGAAGAAUAUGGAAUCCCUGAUACUAGGAGUGCUGCAGUUGAUGAGGCUCUUGGACCACAACCUAAAUCAAAAGGACCAAUGGAUAGAUUUGUCACUUUAGAAGCUCGGCAAAGUACUUGGUUUUUAAAAUCUAUUGAUGCAUCUGAUUCCAUAAAAAAUGGAACGUUACUGUUCAAAUAUUUAGAUGAUGUUGUCAAAGAAGUUGGGGAGGAGCAUGUGAUUCAAGUAAUAACAGAUAAUGCUUCUAAUUAUAAGAAUGUUGGAGUGAAACUUAUGGAGAAGAGGAAGAAGUUAUGGUGGACUCCUUGUGCUGCCCACUGCAUUGAUUUGAUGUUAGAAGAUAUUAGCAAAAUGAAAGUUUUUGAAGAUACAAUUAGACUAGCCAAGCAAGUAGUGAAGUUUAUUUAUGGGCAUACAUGGGUUCUUGCUUUGAUGAGAUCUUUCACGAAAAACAAAGAGAUAAUUCGCCCUGCAAUCACACGGUUUGUCACUUCUUAUCUUACUCUUCAAAGCAUCUAUAAGCAAAAGCAACCUCUUCAGGCUAUGUUUUCUUCUAGAGAAUGGCACAAUGGACCAUUUGUCCAACAUAAUGAAAGUAUUAGGGCUCGCUCAACUAUACUAUAUGAUGUUAAUUUUUGGUCUCAUGUUGCUUUUUGCAUCAAAAGUGUUACUCUAUUAGUAUCUGUUUUGAGAGAAGUUGAUUCAGAGGAGAGACCCGCUAUGGGAUUUAUUUAUGAGUUAAUGGAUGUUGCAAAAGAGAAGAUUGCUUUUAAUUGUGGAAAAGUUGAAAGAAGGUAUAAACCAAUUUGGAGAAGAAUAGACGAAAGAUGGGGCCCACAACUUCAUCAACCUUUACAUGCUGCUGGUUAUUAUUUGAACCCUCAAUUGCGUUAUGAAGAAACCUUUUCUAAUGCUGAAGAAGUGAGGAAGGGAUUGGAAGAUUGUAUGAGUAGGAUGUUGUCUUUUGAGGAUCCAAAUUGGUGGAAGCGUUUUGGAAGGGACACACCUGAGUUGACAAAAUUUGCUAUUCGGGUCCUUAGCCUUACUUGUAGUGCAUCUGGGUGUGAGAGGAAUUGGAGCACAUUUGAGCAGAUUCAUACAAAGAAAAGAAAUAGACUUGAACAUCAAAAGCUCAAUGCUCUAGUAUAUGUGAAGUAUAAUACGCCUAUUGUUGAUCCUAGGACUCAAGAGCAAGGGAAUAUUCAUGUUAGGACUCAAGAGCCUAUUGUCCAUUCUAGAACUCAAGAUCCUAUUAUUGAUGAUGAUCUUAUUCUUGAUGAUGAUGUUCUUCUUUCCUCGUUAACUUCAAAAAAGAGAAAAGAUGGUGAAACCUCAAGUAAGAGGAAAGUCAAAAGCAAGUCCUUAAGAGCGAUGCUUAUGGAUGAAGAUGAUGAGAUAGAUCCUUCAACAUUUGAUAGUGGAAAAUAUCCUUUUCAUAUUGAUACAGUUGAUCAAUAUGAUAGUGAUGCUAGUUUGAAUGAUAUUAGUGUUCAGGAGUGGGAUGAGUGA